AUGUCCAAGAGAGAGCUUGAAGCGCUAAACGGUUUAGGGGACCACGAUGGAUCAAGGCAUAAUAAGCGACGCAGAGAAGCGGGUGGAUCGUCCUCGGACGUGGAUGUAACAAUGUCGGAUCCUGUGGUACCCGCUGCAACAAAUGGUGGUGGCAGUAUUGGACAGGUGAAAGAGCAAGGGUUGAAGUUGUGGCAGACUGUGAAAGAUGCAACCAAAGAUGACAUCUUCCUACGCAAACCAUCCAAGCGCCUCUACCCAGACUACUAUGUUAUUAUCAAGCAACCAAUUGCACUUGAAGAUAUCAAGAAGGCUCUCGAGAACAAUGAAUACUCGUCCCUAGAAGCCGUCAAGAAUGAUUUCGAUCUGCUUUUUGGCAAUGCGAAACAGUACAACCUGCCUGAAAGCAUCAUAUAUCAGGAUGCAAAGGAACUACUGAAACUGGUACACAAGACAUACAACAAGAUGGUGCCCAAGGAGGAAGAUGGAGAGAACAACAAACCUAAACCUCCUUCGCUCAACAGGCUAAUCAAGGUCAGACUGGAGAAGCUGGUUGCAAAAACUACAUCCGACGGGCGAGUUUUGUCAACGGAGUUCAUGCAGCUUCCCUCAAGAAAGUUAUGGCCUAUCUACUAUAAAGAAAUUAAGAGUCCUAUGGCUUUCGACAUUGUUUCAAAACGGAUCAAACAGAAAGAGUAUCAAUCAUCUGCAGCAUUCGCCGCCGACGUGGAAAAGAUAUUCUCCAACGCGCUGGCUUUCAACGCAGAAGAAGCUCAGAUAUGGCAUGACGCCAUGACUUUGCGGGAUUACUUCCGACAGCUAAUGUCAGAUCUACCUCCUCCUCACAAUCUUCCGGAAUAUACCAAACCGUCGAAUAAAAUUAAGAUUAAGCCUCCUCAUGCAACCCAACCUACUGCCUCUAGUUCACAUCUUCCAGCGCAAAAGCAAGAAUCCGCUGGCCUUACCCUUCGAGUGCCUGCCCCACAUCAACACAAGGCAUCGCCCAAAGCAACAACCUCUACGUUGCCUAUACCUACACCUACUCCCGUACCCGCACCCGCAACAGCACCUACUCCCGCACCCACCCUUCCUGUUGCACCGGUCACAGCGGCCAAAAAGGUUGCCUCACCCAAAAUCUCCACGCCGAAGACAACUACUUCACAGUUACCUUCCUCCAUCAAAGCUCCUACGCCUGGCAAAGCUCCAACCCCCGUUCCACCAAUCCAACAAACAAUCUCUUUCGUCAACGCAACAUCGUCUCAUUACCCUCGGGCACCUUACGCUCCUCCAAAUGCUACAAGUGUGCCAUCUCCGGUCCCCACUCCCCUGCAGCCUAAUGCCAUACGCCCGACAUCUGCUGUUUCCAUCGCACAUUCUGCCUCUCAAUCACCUGCCCCUGUUGUCCUCCCUCUUAGUCACCAAUUGAAGUCGAUAAACCUUCGAAUACAACCGUCGGGACGCACACUGAGUCUGGACCACCGAGAUGGGGUCAAAGGGUGGGCUUUGCGGCUAAUGCCAGGAGAAACUACGGUUUAUGUUAGCAAUAUCAUGUUCAUGGGUGAUGAGGAAGAUGAGGAGAGCAGUGAGGAAGAGGAGGACGAUAUAGAUAUGGAUGUUGACGUAGAGAGUGGGUCGGUGUCUCCGAAGAAUGGGCGGAAGAAGGGUAAAGGUCGCGGAAGAGGUCGACCUCCUAAAGCUACUACAAUGGCAGCCAAGGCUGCUGCUACAAAAGCGGCGAAGGAUGCGAAGAAAAAGACUGUGACCAAAAUUGGAGAAGUUCAACUUAAACUUAACAAAUUUGCGGUCAAGGAGCAACCUGAUCAAACGGGUGAAUGGAGUGUAUAUUUGCCUGUUGGCUCGAAUGUCAUUGAAGUUGGGGAAACUGGAGGGAUGGUAUGGAAGGUCUAUGCAGAAAGGUUAGGGGAUGUGUAA